AUGUUUCAGAUUGUUACGGAAUAUCCAAUCGUAAACCAAUGGGAAGAAGCUGGCGAUGUGACCCAUGUCUUAAUGGAAGAGUUCGCAGAGCAAUUAAAUCACCCAGAAGGUGUGAAUAACGCAAUGAAAAGAACUAACGGGAAUAAUUGGGUUCAUGUUUUAUGUGCUACAUUUAUUCCCGAAACUUCAUUCUAUGACGCGGAAAAUGUAUUCUUAGUGAUGGAUAUUGAAGAUAUUCAAGAUGAAAGUUGGAAUGCGAUGCGAGGAGGAGCUUGCAUGCGAUGUUCCAACUAUGCUUGUAAAAACUUUUUACAUGUAACAUGUGCACAAGAGGCAGGUUGUCACAUAGGAUAUGAAUUAAAACCUUCUAAACUAGCCUUACAACAAGAAUUACCCCCAGAAUUAUCUCCAAAACAUGAACCAGAGGAAUCCAAAGGUGAUAUGGAACGGUCUAUAUUUGAUGAGAUUUCUGAAAGUGAAAUGGUCUCUAGAGUUUUUUGUUGUGAUCAUACCGAUUUACCCAAAAACUUUGUGAAAUUAAAUAUUCGAGAUUUAAAUUCGCACCAG